AUGUUGACAUCCGUACAGUCCGUGAUGUCAACGUCGCCGUCACUACCAACACCAUCAGCUAGUAUCACUCAAUCAUCAUCAUCAUCCGCAUCCGCAUCCGCAUCAUCAUCGUGUUUGUUAUCAUCACUAUCAACCACCACCACCACCACCACCAACAACAACAACAACCCAUCCAUUGCUGCUGCCACCCUGUACCAACUGACGACGUCGGGAUCCACUUCUAACCCAUCAUCGGUUGUUCCGUCGCCGGCGGGAUCACCUUCCGCUGCGCCAAUAACCACCCAACUGCUACAACAGCCAUCACGGAAGCUGCUUGGUCACGCGAGCCCCAUCUCGUCGUCGUCGUCGUCAUCGCUGCUGAUCAACCACUUGACCAACCCGAGCAGUCCUAGCUCUCGGACGACCUCUGCCGGAGGUUUGCUGAAGCAACAGCUGGCGGCCGCCACCGAUCACAGCCACAAAAUUGCAACCAGUCUGAUCAAGACAGGCGGUAAAAAGUCAUCGGUAAACGUGAACGACAUAGCCGCUGGGUUGGCCAAUGCCGUCGCUGCAGCCGUGGCCGAUGCCGUCACCGUUGCCACCAUCGGACGGAAUCUUAAUCUCAAUCUGAACAACUAUUCGCAGUUGCGCCAGCAGCUGGAAAUGCAGAACACCGGCAACGGCACUACCACGACAUCACCGCCGACGACCACCGGUUCCUCUUCCUCAGAGACAUCUGGCGGCAGUCAUGCGUUGAAGCAGUUUCUCAACAACCAAUCCAGCAUCGUCAGUAACAAUCAUCAACACCAGCAGCAACAGUAUCAUCGCCGGGGUGCCAGUUCCGCUGCUGCAGCCGCUGUGAUUGAUGGCAUCAGUUCCAGCAGCGCUAGAAAUUGUCUACAAAGUGGCGACAUCUGUUUGCAAUAAGGCAGCUUUUGGAUGGAACGCAAAUAAUAAGAAAAAGAGCAGUUGUUUGCUUUAAUUCUAUAGAAAAUCUAGUUUCUUGAUAGUCUCUCGUUAGUAGGAUUCUCUUAGUAGUAGUGAAGCGAAUUGUAAAUCGAUAAAUAAUCAUAAAAAUCAGAAAUCAGUAAACUGGAAUCAGCGCAAGAGGAGUUGUAGCAGAGAAAUAGCAGCGAGAGAUGUACGGUCAAAACAGAAUGAAUCAACCUUGAAGGAUUAGACGAAGGGACACUGAUUUGAAUUCGUUUCUUGAUAAAUAAUUAUGUUUCCGUUGAACAAAAGCAAGCAAAAUGUCCCCUUGGCGGUCGGGAAAUUUUACCCAUUGAUUCAGUGCCAUCUCCUGUCCUCCCGCUGUAGAAGAAAGAAGAUGGCGAUCAAUCUCUGAGUAAAUAUUCGCGAGCGUUUCGGCAAAAAUUGAACAGAGAGCAAAGUGUAGGCCAGGUUUUCUCCCCGCGCCACGAGUUUUCUUCUCAAAUGUCAAAUAACGCUUUUCUCGGCAGAACCGUGCGGCGUCGGCUCUGGCUUUGUGGUGUUCCGUUUCAGUAAAAAAAAAGAGCCCCUGUGUGGGCUGAGUUGCAGACGGCCUUGAUAGUGGCCACAUCCGCCGGCAGCUGGCGCUGGCACGCCCAAAGAGAGAAGUGAAAUCAUUUUAAUUCAAAUAAAUUAAAUUAAUUUAUACAAUGUGAUAUUUUUGUCUAUAUAUGUUAGCUAAUAUAAUGUAAUUAAUUAAUGGAAAAAAGCUAAGAGAAGAAACCAACACGAGACACAGGAGAGAAUGCCGAAGAAAACAUUGAAAAAACAGUUAAAUGCUCUGAAAACUAAGGGGAUUCAAUCUUUUCUUGUUUGAAUCACCAAAUUACAACAAUCGGAAAUCGCCCUACUUGGCAAAGCAACACUUUAUCUGAAGAAAACAAAGUUCGAAAAUUUAAGUGAAAAAUAAAUUGUUUUUUAGCGUACACUGAAUCAAACAAUUGCGUUAAAAAUUGUUCGUAAUCUUUUUUCCUAUGAGGUGAUUUUUUUUUUACUUUUUUAUCCUUUUCCUUGUUUUUCCCCCUCACUUAUUCCUACCUUACUUGUGUAAAAAGAAUAGUUUAAAAAAAAUCUUUCGUUUAUUUUGCUGCAAAUUUCGUAUUUUUAUGCAAUUUGCACUCGUUUACUUUAUAUUUUCGUUUCCCCCCAAUUAGGUGUUCAAAUUUUCUAAUAAUUCAGCUUAAAAAAAUAAAAGAAAAACAAAAUACAAAAAAUAAGCUAUCGUUAGUUAUAAACAUUUGUUUUAGUCGCUACUUUUAACAAACAAAAAAAAAAACAACAACAACAACUUGAUAGGUAAACAAAACUACAAAAGAAGAAAAGAAAGAGAUAGAGAGAUAAUGGAAAUAGAGCGGAGCAAACAAAUGAAUUACUGAAUUUAUUUAAGCAAGCAACGGAAAAUUAAAAAGCGCGAAAUAAAACAAAACAAAAAUUACAUUGAGACAAACAAAAAGUAAGAAUUGAUAUAAAGGCUAAAACUGAUAAACAAAUAAAUUUAGUAGCUUCAUAUGUGAUUAUAACUCUAUGAAUAACUAUUUCAAAAAUACCGUAACAAUAAAAACAAAGUUGAAAAUCUAACGCGAUUUUUUUUUCUGUUCAUUUUUGCGCCCUUUCAUUGAUUUCCUGUUCAUUUUGCCGGCUCGGAUUGGGCUAUACUGUUGCCGGGUAUUUUUUUCGGGGUCCACACUCCGUCAUCGAAGGUCGUCGUAAAUUCACUACCUUGUGUUAGAGCGUUCGCGUUACUUCCUAUUACACACUUGUUGUAACUAUGUACGUUACACACAUCCACGCCCCAACACACACAAACUAAUUUAUACCAAAAAGUAAGCAUUAGGAGCGGAAACCCUCCAGAGAAAAAAAAACGGCAACAGUAUCAUUCUGAAAGGCCCAAGCACCAGCAGGAUGGACAACAUAACCUCAAAUCAUCGUCGUUCGUUACACGAUACGAUCCCACCAAUCUAAGUAAACAUAGUAGCAACGAGAAACCUAAUUUUCGGUUUUCCGCCGUCACCGCCGCCGUCUUGACCGGAUUUAUGCAUUUGGUAUUUUCGCUUUGAUUUCUAACACCGCCCUCUCCCCCUCCCCUACAACUCCUCCUCAAAACCUCCGCCGCCGAACCCGUUGAACAAGUCACAAAUUAGAAAUUCAGCUUUGUGAACAAAAAUGUCGCGGAAACAGAAGAAGAAGAUGAUGAAGAAAGCAAACAACAUGAUUAUUAAAUGUGGUUUUGAUCUCUUAACAAAUUAGUGGAUAUAAAAUAAAGCGAGCGUUGAUAAAAAAAAAAACAAACAAACAAAGAAUUGGCCAUGACGCGUGUAGCCGUUGCAUUUUCUUCACGUCACUUCGG